GGAGAGGCAUGGGAAACAGCCAUGAUUACACCUAGAAGUCAGAAUGGACAGACCUAGGCACUCCGGAGAUGCAAGAGGCGGUCUAGUGAGAAGUUUGGAAACUGCCCAACUACCCAGAUUGGAGACAAAAGACCAGGUUGCACUGCUACAGCCAGUUCUUUGGGAUUUAUUGGCAAAUCCCUGGGAUCAGUUGCCAGAAGAGUUCCAAGCAGGGAUCUGCAGCGAGAAGGGGAGGUUGGAAGGUGAAGCGGCAGUUCCUCUGCCCACAAGGAGAUCCACAGUGGGAAGGGAGCUCUUGGGUGACAUGACUUCACAGCAGACCCAGAACUGAAGCCCCAGGAUGACAGAACCUGAGACCCUGGCCCUGCUGGAAGUGAAGGGGCCAGAGGCCCUGAAGAAGAACCCACCCCCGGCCUUGGUCGCCAAUGGCCAGCAGCCAGAAGGGGAAGGUGGGGCCGAGUCCUCGGGAGCUGAGCCCCCCAGAGUGGGGUCUACAUCUGGGUCUCCCACAGCUGGAAAGGGGGCUGAGGAUGGUCUAGACAGCACAGUAAGCGAGGCUGCCACCUUGCCCUGGGGGACUGGCCCCCAGCCCAGUGCCCCAUUCCCAGAUCCCCCUGGAUGGCGGGACAUUGAGCCCGAGCCCCUCAGGGCAGGGCCACCCACCAAGCUUGAAGAGUUGCCUGAAGAUGAUGCCAACCUGCUGCCUGAGAAAGCGAUGCGGGCCUUCGUGCCCAUCGACCUACAGUGCAUUGAGCGGCGGCCACAGGAGAACCUGGCUGUGCGUUGUGAAGCAGGCGGGUCUGAGCGCCAGCGCCGCCGGAUCUGCCUGCCCACCCGGGCCACCCACCCUGAGCCCCCUGAGUGCAAGUGGGCCGAGGCAGUGGUGAAGCCGCCUAGUCGCGUCUGCGGGGGCUGUGGGAGCUGCGGAGGCCGCGAGGUGCUGAGGGCCGUGGCCUCAGUGGGAGCCGCCCUCAUCCUCUUCCCCUGCCUGCUGUACGGAGCGUAUGCCUUCCUGCCCUUCGAUGCCCCACGGCUGCCUACCAUGAGUUCCCGCCUCGUGUACACCCUGCGCUGCGGGGUCUUUGCCACCUUCCCCAUCAUACUGGGGCUGCUGGUGUACGGGCUGAGCCUGUUGUGCUUCUCUGCCCUACGGCCCUUUGGGGAGCCACGGCGGGAGGUGGAGAUCCACCGGAGAUAUGUGGCCCAGUCAGUCCAGCUCUUCAUCCUCUACUUCUUCAAUCUGGCUGUGCUGUCCACCUACCUGCCCCAAGAGACCCUCAAACUGCUCCCUCUGCUCACUGGUCUCUUUGCCAUCUCCCGGCUGAUAUACUGGCUGACCUUCGCCGUGGGCCGCUCAUUCCGAGGCUUCGGCUAUGGUCUAACAUUCCUGCCCCUGCUGUCCAUGCUGGUGUGGAACCUCUACUACAUGUUCGUGGUGGAGCCUGAGCGCAUGCUCACUGCAGAGAGCCGCCUGGACUACCCCGACCACGCCCGCUCCGCCUCGGACUACAGGCCCCGCCCCUGGGGCUGAGCCGCUCCGCCCACUUACCCUGAGCCCUGGGGCCUUCGUGGGGAAAGCCCUGCUACUGGCCCAUCCAAUCAGUGCCUGGACUGUCCCCUGCUCUUCCCCCAGUUGGCUCUGCCCUUCACCUUUGGAGGCAUGGGACAGUCAUGGGGUAGGGACUUGAUCAUUUUCUUGCAGGGGAAGAGAUGGGCAGCCAGGUCCCUUAAGGACCCUGAGGGCGCAGGGCCAGACUGCUCCUCUCAUCAACCUCCUGUAAGGCAGCGGUAGAGCCAUAGCCCCAAAGGACCAUUUCUGUGCCAGCUGUCUAAGCAGAGGGCCUCAAGGAGACUGGAAAUACUGCCCUUGCCUAAAGGCUGGGCAUCAGCUCAGAAAGGACUUCCACACUUGGCGAAAACCUUCCUGGGGCUUUGGGUUGAGGACCGUAUGACUGGGCCCUCAUAGGCCCUUUAGCUUCUGCCAAAACGAUUCCAGUUGCCCCAGCCAGCAAUGCUGCCUCCUCCCUGCCAACCCAUUCAGGCUCCUGUCAUUUCCCACCUCCGAACUGCCCAGUAGUCGGGCCUCUCCCAUAGGAAGAGGGAACCUGCCUCCCAAGAAGGGUGUGUGCGUGUGUGCUGGGGGGCAGGUGGAAGGCACAGUGGCUGAUGCCAACCCCGUGUGAAUGUGUGAAUGUGAGUAUGUGUAUAACAAUAAACGACUUCCAGUC